AGAGCUUUUAAGAGGGGUGAAGCCAAAUCAUGGAAGAGCCUGAAUCCAGGUAAACCUACACCUGGCGUGCGUGCAGUAGUAAUGUAGUAAUCCAUGCACCAGAAAUCUCGAUCGUUUAUUAUUCAUGCCGAGUGCCAAAGUGACGGGUCAUUUUUUGACACAGGAGGAAGAUCGUUGCACAAAACAGGAACAAAUUCAUGAUUAGAUGUCGCAAAUUAUAGUCAGGAUCUGAGGACAAUGGGACAAUGAGAUCGAGAGUUUGACAAACCAGGACUGCACGCACCCCAGGCUAUGGAAUGAGUAUUGAGUGUUAAACAGCUGCGGCUCCCGAGGGGCUCGUCUCGUGUUACACAUGCAUGCCACAUCAUAGGAGCAGAUGCUCAAUACGCUAUGUGCAUCUGCAUCUCUUAAAGAGCCAAGGAAGGAUUUACUUUCAGAGGAGGAUUUCACUGGGACCCGGCGCGCCCCUGGACUGGAGGAUGGAGCAUCCACAGUAGCAGAGGUGCUGAACUGAAAUUGCGCUAGAUUGACCACCCACGAAGGAAGUAACCAUGGCAACUGCAGUAAUUUUGGAAGCAGACGCCGGCCCGCACAACGAAGACAUUGACGAUCUCCUCAAGUGCUCCAUCUGCUAUGAUACGCUCCAGAAUCCCAAAACGUUGCCGUGCCUGCACACGUUCUGUGCGCCUUGCCUCGAAGGACUACACGACGCGCAGAAAUUCGAGCACACCGACGGUGCCUUCGCGCUGUACGAUAUGAUAUCCUGCCCGACCUGCCGGUCUCGGACUAUGGUGCCGUCCAAUGGCGUCGCCGGCUUCCCGAACGAUUUCAAAGUCUCACGGAUCUCCGAGUUACUCCAGAAGAUCCAGCACGUGGACGCACGCGACGUUUCGAGGAAGAAAUGCGACAUUUGUAAGAUCACGCAACGCCACAUCACCGCUGUGACGUAUUGUAUCGAAUGUACGAAAUACCUCUGCUCCGGCUGCGUCUUAAAACACGACAGCAGCGCCCUCUUACAGAAACAUCGCAAAUUCGACUUACUCCAAGUGUCGAACUUAAAUCUCACCUGUUCCAAACACGUCAUGGAAAACGUGCAAUAUUUUUGUUGCGAGUGUCGCAUGGCCAUUUGUUCAUGCUGUACGAUACUCGGCGAACAUUCGGGUCAUGACAUCGCCGACCUGGCGACGGGGGUCGGCCAGUGCAAAGACGGACUCAAGGACCGCGUCUCGUGUUUGGAGGAGAAGGUCUCGGAAAUCCAACAAUUCGUCCACAGCAUUGACGACAUCGAGGCACAGAUCGCCAACAUCUUUUCCGAGUCGACAGAACUCGUCAAAAUGCGCACGCGUGAAUUGACCUUGGCGUUACGAAAACGUGAGGCCCAAUUGCUAACCAAACUAGAAACAGACUAUAACAAGAGUAUCGCGCAGAUGCAUCAGAAGAAAGACAACUUGGACAGUUACCACAGUGCGUUGCAGAAACUUUUCCUCUCGACGAAAAAAUUACUCGAUGGAGAAAAUGAACGAGAGAUUCUGAAAUCAUACAAGGAUCUGAGUUUGAAAAUCAACAUCGUCCUCGAGGAGCAUUGCCUGGAAAACUUCGGUUUCUCCGACUGCGUCACGAUUACUAAAUUUGUCCCGGCGCGGAAAGCCGUCAAAUUGGGAAAGAUCGAAAACGUCAGCUUGAGUAUGAACGCGAAUGAAGAAUCAUCGCCCACUCCCAUGUCGGUCUUGGAGAGCUGUAAGCUGAUCUUCUUGUGUAAGUUUACCACGACCAACAUCUGGACCGGCGAGCAGUGUUUCCCGCGCGAUAUCGCAUUCCUGCCGGACAGUCAGAUCGUCGUCACGGAUACGGAGAACAACCGGUUACAGAUCUACGACCUGGAGGGUAACUACGUCCGCACAAUCGGCGAAGGUGUUUUGAAGCCGCGCGCCAUCGCGACGACGGAUGAUGGUAAAAUCAUCGUGACAGACGCGAUGGACCGAUGCGUCAAAGUCUACGACCGUUGGGGUAAGAAGUAUCUCCAGUUUGGUGACUUCUGUUGCCCGUGUGGGAUCGCCAUUGACCAGAAAGGACAGUACGUCGUCACGGAUUUCUUCAAGAAUACGAUCGCCGUGUUCUCCAGCGACGGCACGUUGCUAGCCGAGUCUAAUCUCCAUGACAACAAGGGCGUCAGUUGCUAUGGAACCUGCCAGGUCGCCAUAGAUCGCCAUGACAACAUAUACGUGUCGGACAUCGGCGACAACUGUAUCACGAAAUUCACAAGCGGUUGCGAGGCGGUUGCAAAGUAUAAACCGCCACACGAUAAAGCGUCCUUAAAGGGACUAUGCAUCCACCGUGACGGGUACGUCAUCGCUGCGGACAGCAACAACGGGAUGCUGAUGAUCAUAGACACAGAGAACGAAACCGUCCAUAACUUAUUAGCGAAAAAGAAAGAUUUGACAGGACCAACCGGUGUAGCAAUCUCGGAUACCGGACUUCUGGCGGUGACGGAACCGGACAGGGAUACAGUACGGCUGUACCAGCUCUGCAACAAAACCUGGGUGUCUGACAGUCUUGAUGAAAGAGGUGAAUGAACGGCUGGCUCCUGGGUUGAAAAAUUCCGCCCUUAUGAAGAAAAGUGAUAUCAGCGUCGAAUUUCCAGUAUCAAGAAGUCCACGAAGAGAGAUAUCACUCUUCAAUUCUUUGGCCUUAUAACAAAUGCAAAAACUCAUAUGUGACCCACCACGACAAAAUGAGUCUCAUGUCACACAGAAGAUGAGCCUAAAAUGACACCAGGACAUAAUAGAAGAAAUUGAUAUGCUCCGAUUUUACAAAAGGCAGACAAUGGUGAAAUGAACAACCAGUCUGUCUCAACCUGUCAAGCUCAGAGCGACAUGCGACCUGUUUUGUCAUGGCGGGUCACAUAUGAACUUCCACAUAUGACUAGCCAGACUGUUUCAGCCAUAUGUGAAAUUUUAGAACUUUUAUGUACACAACAUGAUAUUUUCUAGUCAUGGUUUUGAUAUGAAGUCCUUUAACUCGACCGUUCUUAGAAGUUUUGGAAAGGUUAUUUGAUAUUACGACACAUAUCGAUAAAACAGAGCUCAUGAUUUGUUGAGAAGCUCCAUUGCAUGUACAGUUCUGUUCAAAUGUCACAUCCCUCGUGCAUACAGCAUUUGCACAGCUUACAGGGCGUAGCAAUGUCAAAGCCUUGAAAUUAAAGACGGACAUAUCAAAGAGUGAAUAUUGAUGCAAUUAGUAAUUUAUUAGUAAGUUAUUCAAAUAAUUUAUGCGUUCUAGGUAAAUUAAUGGGUACUUAGGUUUUUGCUGUGCGGUAAUUUCUUCCUCGAGUUCUCUGUUUAUUUGUUUAUUAGAUGGUUUAUGUUUAUUAGUGAUGUUUAGAUGUUUAUCCUCCUGUAAUGAAUAAGAUGCUUGUGUUUAUGUUUAUCCUAGAGAAGCUAUUUGUGUCGCUAUUUAUUUAUUUAUUUAUUUGAGGUUGUUGUAGGCUGGGGUCUGUAUUGUAAAGUUUUAGGUCAGUUCCAGAACACCUCAUAAGGUGCCACGUGGGGUUGGGGAUAUCACAUAUUAUGCUCUUUUAUUUGUGGGAUGGCAAGAAGGUAGUUUGAACCAUUAUGAGAUACUGGCCCGGCCAUGUCUCCAAACAUCCUACAGGUCCCUCUAAUAAGGACAACCUUUCUAUUGAGGUCAAGGAAUCUAUUUGGUCCCAAAUUGAUCGUUUCCAUUUAACUUGAACUCUGUAAUCAGGACACUCAAUUAAGGACAGCAUUCGCCAGUACCAAGGGUGUCCUUGAUAGAGGGGUUCUACUGUAAUAUCCUAGUGUCUCUUCUUGCUCAAGCACAAGCUCACUUGGAGUGCCUUUAGGUACGUGUAGGAAAAAUAAACUAUUACAUCACUCA